CAGCAAAAGUGCCGUGCAGCAGCUGCUCGCAAUGCUGCCUCUGCGGGAACACACCGACGGACGUGGGUUCCCUGUGCCGCCUCUCCUGCAGCUCCUUAUAACACUGCGGUUCUAUGGAGCAGGCACAUUUCAAAUUGUGACCGGGGACCUCGUAAAUGUUUCGCAGCCGACGGUCUCCCGGGUCAUCGAGCGCGUAUCUACCAUGAUCGCGAGAAGCCUGUUCACUGCGCUUGUGAAAUUCCCUGCCGCUGCAGAAGUGAGCGGUGUGAUGAGCGAAUUUUAUAAGUUAGGAACGUUUCCCGGUGUCAGCGGGUGCAUUGACUGCACCCAUGUGCCGAUUAAGAGCCCUGGUGGUGACCACGCCGAGGUUUAUCGCAACCGAAAAGGAUACUUUUCGAUAAAUGUUCAAGGCAUCAUGGGCCCUGACCUACAAUUUUAUGAUGUAGUGGCCAGCUGGCCAGGGUCUGCCCAUGAUAGCAGAAUUUUCGACAGCAGCCGUGCAAGAGUGCUCUACGAGACUGGUGUCGUCCCCGGGAUUCUUCUCGGAGAUAUGGGCUAUGCCUGCAGGCCAUACCUCAUGACUCCACUCAAGGAUCCUGACCAAGGCAGCCCAGAGUACAGGUACAACAAGUCACAAGCAAAAACACGAAACAGUGUGGAACGUGUGUUCGGCAUAUGGAAGAGGAGGUUUCCGUGCCUUCAGAUGAAGCUGCAAGUUCAAACAAACACUACACUUGUAGUUAUCACUGCAUGUGCGGCGCUUCACAACCUCAGCAGAAUUCUGCGUGACCCAUGCCCUCCCGAUGUGGUCGGAUGA